CCAGAGAGCUCACUAGAACACGUGGGUUGGCUGGCAAGCGUGUCAACAACAUGGGGAAGAGACAGAAUAGACAAAACGACACUAUUAGCAAAUUAUCGAAGAAGCAGAAAAAACACUUGAAGGAGUUUGGCGAAGAACAUCCCUUCCACGACAAUGUUAGUGACAAGACCGAGAGGACACAGGUUGUACAUCUGCGUGACAGUCCACCGCGAAAGAAUGUCCAUGAAAGCGAUGAUGAUGAUCUCGAGCCGGAUGAGCAGCCUUCAGCCUAUCAGAAACUACUGGGCACGUUGAUGCAGCCGGAGACUGACAGCGAGGAGGACGAGAGCGAUGAAGAGGAGGAAGAAAUAAUUGAAGAAGAGGGAAGUGAACUUGAAUCUGAGGAAGAUGGUGUGGAAGAAGAAGAAGAAGUAGAUCAGGAGGAGAAGGAUACUGGUCCGGUUCAUAAGGAGGAUGAAGUAGCAGUCAAAGCUGGUGGAGCAUUGGAUGAGGACGAUGACACUGAGGUAGGCCAGCCAGGAGAUGAAUUCACAGACAAGAAGCACGAGACUCAGUUCUGUCUGGAGAGCAACAUCCCAGCCGAGGGAGAUCCAGAUGAAGCAGACGACAGUACCACUCAAGGGGAGGAAGACCCUUUCUUGAAACACGUGGAUACAGAACUUAGUGAAGAGGAGGUGAAGUUGAUUGCAGAUGGUAGAAGAACUAAGACCCAGGUCAAGUGGCCCAGACUGGGCAACCUACUCAGCACCUCUUGCCUGGAGAGGUUUCCAGCCCCAGGGCAAGCAUCCAGCGUGGGCAUGCCCCCUCUCCACAAGGCCCUUCAGGCCAACUGGGCCUCCCUGAACCAAGCCCUUCAGCCGCAGGGUGCCCCGCAGCAGGAGCUGAGUGACCUGCAGAGGGAGCUGCUGGGUCUCAUGGGGACCUACAGGGAUGUGUACGUCCCUGAGUGCUCGCCUCUGACUGAUGCCAAGGAGGUGAGGAGCGCCUACUGCCUGCAUGUCCUCAACCACGUGCUGAAGGCCAACUCCAACGUGCUGACACACAACGCCCAGCUCAAAGACGGCAAGAUUGUGGAGGACGAUGCCAGAGACCAAGGCCUCACCAGACCAAAGGUGCUGAUUGUGGCGCCCUUCCGAGACGGCGCCCUGCAGGUGAUCCAGACCUUCAUCCACCUCCUGGAGCCCAAAGAGAAGAAGAUGGACGUGAGCAACAAGAAGAGGUUCAAGGACGAGUUCAGCGAGGAUCCCGAGGACCGGCCGUCCAACCUCAUCCGACCUGACGACUACCACGCCAUCUUCUCUGGCAACGUGGAUGACCAUUUCAGGAUAGGUGUGUCGAUAUUGAAGCGCAGCAUCCGUCUCUUCUCCCCCUUCUACUCGUCCGACAUCAUCGUCGCCUCGCCGCUGGGCCUGCGCACGCUGCUGGGCGUGGAGGGCGAGAAGAAGCGCGACUUUGACUUCCUGUCCUCCAUCGAGGUGCUGGUGCUGGACCAGGCCGACGUCCUGCUCAUGCAGAACUGGGAGCACGUGCUGCAUGUCAUGAAGCACCUGAACCUGCAGCCGCUGGAUGCCCAUGGAGUGGACUUCUCUCGAGUGCGCAUGUGGAACCUGAACAGCUGGGCCAAGCACUAUCGGCAGACCCUGGUCUUCAGCUCCAUCCAGGAGCCUCAGAUAAACAACAUUCUGACCAAGCACUGCUUCAACUACCGAGGCCAGGUUGCCACCAAAAACCUGCCCAAAACAGGCUCAAUCUGCCAGGUGCUUGUCCAGUUGCCGCACGUCUUCCAGUUAUUCAGUGCAGACAGCUUCAUGGACCAGGAUGCGAGGUUUCAGUUUUUCGUGGACAAAGUGUUGCCCCAGUACAGAGACUCGGUCAUGUCCCACACCUUCAUCUACGUGCCCUCAUACUUUGACUUUGUGCGCUUACGCAACUACCUGAAGAAGGAGGAGACCAACUUCACCAGCAUCUCCGAGUACUCGCAGCGCUCCGAAGUGUCCCGGGCACGCCACUACUUCCAGAGGGGCAACAUCCAGUUCCUCCUCUUCAGCGAGCGCUUCCACUUCUACAAGAGAUACACCAUCAAAGGGAUCCGACACCUCAUCUUCUACGGGCUGCCCACGUACCCCCACUUCUACAGCGAGGUGUGCAACAUGUUACAGGCCGGCGCCGACGGAGUGGACGCAGCCAGCUGGACCUGCACGGCCCUCUAUUCGCGCUACGACGCCCACAAGCUGGCGGCCAUCGCCGGAGCUGAGCGGGCGGCCCAGAUGCUGCAGUCCAAGAAGCCCGUACACCUCUUCAUCACCGGGGAGGACAAGGCCUCGUGAGAGAGAGAGAGACUGAAGAAGAGAGGGAGAGGGAGAAUGCAAGAGGACAAGAGGUUUGGACUGGGGUAGGCAUUGCAAGAGCAGCCACUAGAAUAGACACAGAUCCGAUUUAAACUCUGCUCUGCCGCGGGAAGGAAGCAGCUGUUUUUUUUGUCCUCCUUCUCAGGCCUAAAUGGAGCGCAAAUGGGAGUUCAUUUUGUCAAGUCUGACUGUCUGACUUGAAGGGCUCUGUGAAAUUGAAAAGCCUGCCGAGGAGUCAGUCUGCUCCGUCACACCUUUUCCGGAUGCCAGUGGCACUGUGAGUGUGUUUGUGUGUGUGUGUGUCUAUGUCUGUGCCUGUGUGUGUGAUGGAGAAAGAUGCAGAUGGUGCCAUUGCAGUUAAAUGGGCAGGAUGUUGGUUACGUCCAUCAUUGCCGGAAAGUGCAUCUGCUGUGGGUUUUGAGGGUGUGGAGAUUUGGCGCUUCUUUUCCUACAGAUCAGUUUGGAAAUAUUUCGGGACUUGUGACGCAGCUCAUCUCUUUAUCAUUAUUUUUUAAAUUGACUCUCCAGAUUCGUCAUGAUGAAGACAAUGUGGUGUCACAUUAUACACCACAGUUAACAUUUGUGUUUUUCACAACUUCAUGUACUGUAUAGUACAUAAUGUAUAGUCAAUAAAUUGUUUUGAUAUUGUC